UUUUUUUUAGCUGGUCGUGCACCAUUUCCGUGCGGACAAUGAAGUCGAGGCGGCCUUGCUUGAGCAGCGAAGGAGUUGCUGACGCUGAUGCAAGGCUUUAGAAGCAGAUCUAUACCGCUGCAUGCGCGGGAUGAGUCGAGCGUGCGGUGAUUCACCGCCAUGACAAUGUCGAUUAGAAACCGAUGCCGACGAUAAACUUCUGCGACACCCGGCUGAGCUCUGCGCUUCAACAUCCACCACCUGCCGAUCGCGUAAACCGAGCGAAGAGCACAGAGUCCACCAACAAGGCAGCACGCUUCGCUUUGGAGGCGUCGAUGUCUGCGAGCUGGAGACAGUAGUUUGGGACGGAAUAGCAGACACGAA